AUGACGCGCCCUUCUCCCCCGCACCUGCAGGGACUGCCCGGCACACCGACCCCCGGCAGCCCGGCGUCCUUCUCCUGCCACCCCCGACACCCCGCUCUUCCUCCGGCCGCUUCACUCCGUGGGCGAAAUUCCUCGGCCGCAGGGAGGAACCACUUGUGGGAUCGCUCUCCGGCGCCCCAGCUCUUGCCGAGCCACAGCUGCGGAUCCACUGGCAGCGCGGGCUGGGGCGGCCCCAGCACCGGGCACCUCCUCCGGCUCCGCCUCCGGGCAGAAAUAACCUUUUCCGCCCCCCUGCUCGGCGUUCCGUCCCGAGUGGGAGCUCUCGGAGAAAGGGGGUCACGUCGUGUCCUCACGGGUUUGUCCGCCUGGAAGGCCUCCGCUCCCCUUGGGAAGUCCCGGCCUGCCCCCGCCCCGUGCCUCGGGGCGCCCCGGGAGGGGACGGCAGUACCGGCUGUUGGAGAGCACCGAGGGCGGCCCUUCCCUGCCGCCUCCUGUGGGGCUUUAUUUCGUAACAUCCUCCCCCCUAACACGAGCCCACGGUCGCGCUUCAGACCUACGGGGUCAGGCUGCGUCUCCCCGCCGCUAAAACUACAGGGGCCCUGCCUCGCCCUGCAGCCUUCAGAGGGGCUUGAGGUUUGCCAGGAAGCAAGAACAAUAUGUCUCUGUUGUUCUCGAGAACAGCCCGUGUUUGUCAAGUGCAAAAGGAAGUCAUGGACUGAAAGGAGACGGAAGAAGCAUGCUAUUCCACUUAGCAUUACUGACUUGUGAAGUUUGCUUCGUUAUUAGCACCAUGUCUAUUCCAAAUACAAGGUAGUUUUUCUACUGAUUUGGCUGUGUGUGAGGCUGACUGCUAAACUGGGGAAAAAAUCGAAAUGCUGUUGAAUAACAAACACAAAUUACUGAUGCCUUUAUGAAGUGAAAAUACAUCUUUUAAUCUGUUCUUUGAAGCAAACAAUCAGGCAAUAGGAGCUCUUGUGCUUUCAUGUUUGAUUAGGAGAUAAUUCUAAGGACUUUUUAUAAACUGGAGUAACAUCCCAUUUGUUAUCAGAAGUACUCUUACCUUGUUCACUUGUUUAUCAAAGGCUGUGAAAUUAACAUCUUUAACACCAGAUGGUUUGUAUAUAAUCAUGAUUCAGUACCAUCCUGUUCCAGCUCUUUUUUUUCAGAGACAAAACAGACAAAAACUUGGAACAAGCAGCUGGCUGUAGACUUGUUGAAAUAACAAGCUUCUCUUUGUUAUAUAUUUCUACAGCUAUAAGUCAUUUACCUCUGGUAUUAACCAUAAUUAUAAUUUUAACAUCCAAGAGUUUGCCAACUUUAGUAGUUGCAAACAUAAAUGCAAUUUUUGAUUAGUUACAAACAGCACACGACAAAUACCACAGGCUUGACUUAGCUGACCCAACUAGUGUAAACACAGUCCAAGACCAAAAAAGACAAUUCAAAUGUACCCUGAUUCAUAGAGAUUAAAUCUAAACAAAACUGUGUCCAAUUUAUAUUCUUCAUGUAUUGUGGCCAUUCAUGUCCAGUAGGAGAAAAAUUAUUUUAGAUUAAUCUGCAUUUUGAAUUUGUUUACGGUAAUGUGGAUGGAAUUCAUAGAUUAAUCUGAACUCUAUCUCCACAAAUACUGGGUUUAAAAUGGAUGUAAAAUUUCAUUAAUCCUUUAAGGCCUUCUUAUUUAACUACAGGAUAACGUAAAGGAGUGAGAGAUUGGAGACUCAUUGUAAAUUCUUCACUGAGAAACAGGAAAAAGUUUUCAGGAGUCCAGAAUACUUUAAUUAUGAGUUUCUAAAAAGUACCCAAAAGAAUUUCAAGAAAUGUGGAGAUACAAAAAUUUGAAUGAGAUAUUAAAAGUAUUUAAGUUAAUGCAAUUUUUGAAACCUUUAGGCCGGAACUCUCACAAGCACUAGAAACGGUUAAAAAAAUGUUUCUAAAAUCUGUCUAAAAAGUUAGACUAAGUAUAUCACUAUUGACAAUGAGAAGUAACCUUUUAGGUUAAAUAGGCUGAAGGUGGUAUUUUGAGGCAUCCGGCUGCCAGUCUUUAAGAGAAGAUGCACUUACGGUCACACUGAACAUUUAAAACAAUAUUUAAGUAGGAGA